UCCCUGUCCACCAGCAGUCGAUCCAGAGCCUCCAGCAAGCAGCAGCUGCACACAGUGAAGAGGGAGCAGACAGGAAGCAGGAGGCCAGCUGCACGCCCAGGAAAAUAGAACUUCUGCCCUCAGAGGAGUCAAAGAAGAAGCAGAACUAUGGCAGGAAAGCUCCGGAAGUCCCACAUCCCUGGGGUGAGCAUCUGGCAGCUGGUGGAGGAGAUCCCCGAAGGCUACAGCACGCCGGACUUUGAGCAGAAGCCGGUCACCUUGGCUCUGCCAGAGGGGAAGAAUGCUGUCUUUCGGGCUCUGGUCUGCGGGGAGCCCAGGCCCGAGGUGCGCUGGCAGAACUCCAAAGGUGACCUCAGUAACUCCAGCAAGUACAAGAUCUCCUCCAGCCCGGACAGCAAGGAGCACGUGCUGCAGAUCAACAAGCUGACGGGCAAGGACACAGAUCUGUACCGCUGCACAGCAGUGAAUGUGUACGGAGAGGCUGCGUGCUCAGCAAGACUCACCGUCAUUGAAGUUGGCUUUAGGAAGAAUCGGAAGAGGCAAAAGGAACCGCAGGAAGACCUCAGGAAGGAGCUGAUGGACUUCCGGAAGUUGCUGAAAAAGAGGGCCCCACCAGCCCCCGAGAAGAAGAUCGACCUUGGGCAGGUGUGGCAGCUGCUGAUGACGGCAGACAGGAAGGACUACGAGCAGAUCUGCAUGAAGUAUGGCAUCGUCGACUACCGGGGCAUGCUGCGCAGGCUGCAGGAGAUGAAGAAGGAGCAGGAGGACAAGAUGGCACAGUACAUCAAUGCCAUCGCCAACUUGAGACACAUCAGGGUCACCAAGGAGGGAAUUGCAAAAUUUGACCUGGAGCUGGAUCUCAAGGAUUCUCAGAGCAAGAUUUACCUGUAUAAGGACGGUGAGAUGAUCCCCUAUGGCUUCAACGACCAGACCAAGCACAGUCUGCGCCGGCUGGGGAAGCGCUACCAAUUCCAGAUCCAGGACCUGCAGCCCGAGGACUCUGGCAUCUACCAGGUGAAGGUGGAGGAUGCUGUGGUCUUCUCCACAGAGCUGGAGGCCAGUGCAAUCCCCCCCAGAGUGGUGGUCCCACUGACCGAGACCCGCUGUGAGGAACAGGGUGAUGCAGUCUUCGAGUGCACCCUCUCCAGCCCCUGCCCUAGUGCAGCCUGGCAUUUCCGGCACCGGCUACUCCACCCCAGUGACAAAUAUGAAGUGCUUGUGUCACCUGACGGGCUGACCCACCAGCUGGUGGUGAGGGGGGCCCGUUUUUCAGACAUGGGCCCCUACUCGCUGGGCACUGGGCUCCACACUUCCAGCGCCUGGCUGGUGGUUGAAGCUGGGAAGAAUAAAGACCUUCAGUCCACAAGUGCUGACCACCAACUGCAGAAGCAAGGAGCCCAGGCCUCAGAAGCAGAAGACUCUGGGAGCACCAGCAGCCAGGGAGAGAAAUUCAGAGAGCAGGGGCCCCCUAGGGGGAGCUCCCUUGAUGGGGCUGGGCUGGCUUCCGGGUUCCAGCACAUAGCCAGCCCAGACAGGGACGGCCUUGGCAGGCAUGGCUACUCCUUGAUGGGGGACAAAGGGGCAGCCAACUCAUCCUGGGGCCCUGGACAGGAGGGCGAGGGCUUUCUAGAAGCAGAGACAAGCAGAGUCACUCUUCCUAGGGAAAAUCAGCCCCACAGAGAGGGAGGCUGGGCUGGAAGCCUUGCAGGGGGGGUCCAUCUACAGGUAGAGAGCUCAGAAUCAGGGUUGGGCCUCCCAGAAAAACGACAGCAAGAUGGUGGCAGAGAUAGCAAGGGUGAUGGAUGCUGGAGGACAGCAGGAGGCUGGGAGGCUGGGUCCCGUCCGCUUCAGGCUGGAGGACUGGGGAGCAGCCGGGAAGGAAAGGAGCACGGAGGGGACAGUGGAGGACAACUGGACAGUCACGGCCAGGAGCAACUGUGGGAUGCUCGACUGGGACCUGGGAGAGGAAAGAGGGACCUGCAGGGAUGCCAGUCUGAUCCUGUAGGGCCCUGGCCAAGAGGAAGGCAGGUGGGGAAGAUUUCGCAGUGUGAUAGCCUGGCUGAGACGGAGGGAGGGGAUGCUUCGAGCAGGGAAGCCAGAAGAGGAGCUGUAGUGUGGGGUAGUGGGACUGGCCUGGGGGAAACUGGAGGCAGCAAUGGGGCAGGAGGUCCUGGCACCCUGGAGUUUACUGGAGGGAGAGGUUCUGGCUCCAAGGCAGGCAUGGGCCCUGAAUCCUGGGGUUCCCGAGGAGGUACACUUACUGACUAUGGGGAUGCCAGGCGCUACUGGGGAUCAGGAGAGUUUCUAGGACAGACACCUGGAGGCAAGGACUUCCAGGAACCAUCAGUAUCAGGUGGUAGAAAAUUCCUUCUGGGAGAUGGGAGUCCUGAGGCCAAAGCUGAAGACUCACUGCAGGAGGCAGAUGGUCUAUACCAGGGGGAGUCCAUCUUUGGAGGAAGUGUCUACAAAACUGGCCCUGGAGGCCCAGGAGACCCCAGGGGCUGUGAAAGUGGCCUCCGGGGGCUCAGAGGAAGGGAUGGCCAGGAAAUAGCUUGGGCCUCAGGCGAGGUAGGAGAUGAGCCCAGAAGCUUCCAGUCUUCCCAGGGCUGGACAGCAGGUCACAGAGCAGCAGGCAGUGCUGGCACAAUAGACUCUAAGGGCACAAGUCCUUGGGAUGACACGCCGUCUAGCAUCGGAAAAACUGGGGUCCAAGGGCAAGAGGGUAUGGGUGGUGUCUGGGUGGCUGGACUGACAGAGUCUGGUCAGGGGGUGGAGGCCAGAAGCCAUGGGCUAAGUCGGUCUCCAGGCCUGGGUGCUCGGGGAUCUGGGGGAACACUAGGAGAUACAGAAGGAUUCAGGGGUCCUGGGUCAAUAGGGUCUGAACAAGAUUUCUGGAAUGGGUCAGGGAGCGCUGGAGUAAAAGGACCCAGAGGUGAGACAGGUUAUAAGGAUGGCUUGGAAGGUCCUGGGAGAAUGGAAUCUAGGUAUAAGAGUGGCUUAGGAUAUUCUAGGGGAAUAGGUUCUGAAAGCGGGGCUGGUUAUAGCUAUGGCUCAGGGGUGCCAGGAGAAAUGGGAUCCAGCCGUGGUGCUGGUUGUAGAGUGUCCCCUGGGGCACCUGUGGGAAUGGAGUCUGAGGAAGGGGGUGCUUACAAGCAUAGCUCCACAGUGCCCAGGGAAGUGUGGUCUGGAAACAAAGAAGAUUCUGGCCCUGCAGGAGGAGGGCCUGGGAGAGUUGCCAGUCUUAAGAAUGGCUCAGGUGGCCCUGAUGGAACACCCAUGGGUGGAGCCCAGAAUUGGGCCUCUGCAUGCCAGGGUGGCAUGGGCCCUGGGGGAGGGCACCAUUCAGAUGGCCCCCUAGGGAGUCCUGGGAUGGUGGGGUCUGUGGGUAGAGGUGGUCUCAAGGCCCCUGGAGCACUGGAGACUGUUGGGACUCGAAGUGUGGAAGCAGACCCAGGGAGCUCCGGAAGAAUAAGGCCUUGGGGUCAGACUGGAAAUUAUGGGGGCUUCAGGGCCUCAGAGGACCUGGGGGCCUUUGGAGAAGGGGGCUAUGAAGAUGGCUCUGGGGGUCCAGGAGCCAUGGAGCCGGGGUCUCUGAGGGCAGGAAGCAAAGUGGGUGAGGGGGAUGGGACAAGAUACCCUGGUGCCAGGGCCUCUGGAGCUGGAGCUACUUACAGGGACGAUACCAGGGACCGUGAGGCACUCACGCCUCACAUCGGGGCUGCUUCUGAGAGCCAGUGGGCUUAUGGGGCUGGCAGUGUGCGGGGUGAUGAGGAUGGAUCAGAACAUCCAGGGGCUCAGGGAACUGGGGUCAGAGCAGCAUAUGGAGGAGGGUCAAGGGGCCUGGGGCCUAGAAAUACAGGGCCAGGGGCUGAGGCAGGCUUUAGAGAUGGUUCAGGGGGCGUCCAAGGAAUGGGAUCAGCAGGUGGGCCAGGUUGUAGGAAAGGUAUUGGGAGUUCUGGGGAAAUGGGGACAGUGGAUAAGGAAGGUUAUAGGAAAGAUUUGGGGGCUCCUGAGAAUAUGGGUUCAGGGAGCAAGGCUGCUUAUAGGGAUGGUGUAGGGGGUUCUGGGGAAAUGGGGUCAAUGGAUGAAGCAGAUUAUAGAAAAGAUUUGGGGGUUCCUGAGGGAAUGGGCACAGGUUAUAGGGGUGGUUUAAGGGGUUCUGGGGAGAUGGGGUCAGUGGAUGAGUCAUGUCAUAGGAAUGGGAUUGGAGGUUAUGGGGAAGUGGGGUCAGGCUAUAGGGAGGAUAUGGGGGCUCCUGAGGGAAUGGGCACAGGGAGCAAGACAGGUUACAGGGGGGGGUUAAGGGGUUCUGGGGAAAUGAGGUCAAUUGAUGAGGCAGGCUAUAGGAAGGAUUUGGGGGUUUCUGAGGGAGUGGGUUCAGGGAGUAAGGCAGGUUUUAGGGAUGGUUUAGGGGGCUCUGGGGAGAUGGGGUCAGUGGAUGAGGCACGUUAUAGGAAGGAUUUGGGGGUUUCUGAGACAGUGGGUUCAGGGAGCAAGGCAAGUUGUAGGGGUGGCUUAAGGGGCUCUGGGGAAAUGGGGUCAGUGAAUGAGGAAGGUUAUAGGAAGGAUCUGGGGGCUCCUGAGGGAAUGGGUUCAGGUUACAGGGGUGGCUUAAGGAGUUCUGGGGAAAUGGAGUCAGUGAAUGAGGAAGGUUAUAGGAAGGAUCUGGGGGCUCCUGAGGGAAUGGGCUCAGGGAGUAAGGCAGGUUUUAGGGAUGGUUUAGGGGGCUCUGGGGAGAUGGGGUCAGUGGAUGAGGCAGGUUAUAGGAAGGAUUUGGGGGCUCCUGAGGGAAUGGGUUCAGGGAGUUACACAGAUUAUAAGAAUGGUGUAGGUGGUUCUGGAAAAAUCAGUUCAGGAGGUGAGGCAGGUUAUAGGAAUGUUUUAGGGGGUUCUGGGAGGAUUCCGUCAGGGAGUGAGGCAGGUUCUAGGCGAGGCUUUGGGGGAACUGAUGGCAUGGCAUCAGGGCGUGAGGUCAGUUAUAGGGGAGGCUCAGGAGGAUCUGGGGAAAUGGGGCCAGGGGGUGAGAUGGGUUGUGGAGAUGGCUCAGGGAGGCUUGGAAUGCCAGGCUCACUGGCAGGAACAGGAAGUCAGGCUAGACCCAGAGGUCACGAAGCCAUGGGGCACAGGUUAGGAUAUUGGGUAACAUCAGAGGGUGGCACAAUCUCCAAGGAUGGUCCAGAGAUAGCCAGAGGAACAGGGCUUGUGGAUGGGGCAGGACCUGGGGUGGAGCCUAUGGCUGGAAUGGCGGGCGCUGCAAGUGGCACAGCACACAGAGACAGGGGCCUGGGGGUGCUGGGGUCUCAGGGAGGGCCACAGGCUCUUUCAGAUGGGCGAGGCUCCACCAAGGGUCUUGGGGGCUACAGAACCUCAAGGAUCCCUGAGGCUGAGAAGGCUGCUGAUACCAAGGGAAAAUCAGAUGUCAAAGAGUGGCAAGAUAGUUCUGGGACUCCAGCGUCUUCUAGAGACAAAGGGGCUCCCAGGGCGAAGGAUAGAUCUCUAGACCACACAGGGAUUAUAGGGGCUUCUGGGUUUCUUGAUGGCAACGGGGCAGUGGAAGGUGAGACCUGGGCAGGAAUGGCUGCUCUGGGGUCUGGAUAUGAACAGGACUUCUGGAAAGCAGGCCCAGGAAUGACAGACAGGGGUAGAGUUGCUGGUUGGGGGGGAUCAACAUCUCAGGGAGAUGGGGACUCACUUUUGGGAGGCAGAAGGAUGGGAGCAGGCUCACAGAGCUCAGCAGGGACAGGCCAGGAUCUGGACAGCAGCUCUAUGCCUGGGGAAAGGGGCAAGACAACAUCAGGGCCUGCUGACAGCCAACGGAUGAGCAAUGCCUGGGCUCCCGAUUGGGAAGACCAGGGGUCGGGCCGAGGAAGCACAGGUGCUGGGAAGCAGCCAACAGGCUCCAGGGCUUCCGGUUCUCUGCAGGAGAAAGACGUUGCUUUUGGUAGGACCCAGGAAGGGCCAGGGGGCUUUAAGGGCAGGGAGGGUGCACCAGGCCAAGAGGUGGCUGGUGGAUGCCAAAGCCCAUGGUCCCCAGAUAGCAAAAGUUCAAGUCCUGGAAGGGGCAGGUCUGGUGGCACAGAGGACUCAGGUAUCCUGGGCAAAGGGAAUUCUACUGAGUUGGGGAAUGUCUUCACCCCAAAACCUGGGGAGUCAGGUCCUCAGGGAGCCUGGCAUGGCUUAGAUGGUCCCUUUGGCAGAAAAGCCUCUGGAGAUGGGUCAGGAGGGACCCAGGGUCUGAGCUCUCAGCUAGGCAAGGGACAGAGAGGAGGAAAGAGGGGGCCCUUGGGGUCCCUGAAGGCUGAGAAUGGUGAGGCCCAGGGUCCUGGGGCCCUAAAGGAGGAUGAGAGGCAGGGAGCAGAAGAGGCUGGGAGGUCAGGCAGGAGGCCUGGCUCAGUCAGGGGCAGGUCUCAGGCACAGUCAGGGGCUGAGGUUGGAGGAACAAAGAGAAGGGGAGCAGACAGGGUCGGAAACAGGGGGCAGCCACCAGUUGGGGAGACCUGGGGCUGCCAAGAUGAGAGGCUGAAUGAAGACCAGAGCUGGGAGUCCCCCGGUCACCUUGGUAGCAAGGGAGGUGGCAAAGAUGGCAGGUUGGACGUCUGUGGAGAGAAGAGAGAUGCUACCCAGAGUUCCACAUCCAGAUGCAAGCCUGGCACUGGCAGGCUCUCCGAGGAGGCCCGAGGCCCCAUGAGCCACUUCUCCCAGGGCCUGGCUGACAUGGAGGUGCAGCAGGGAGAGGCUACCACACUCUCCUGUACCCUCACCAGCGACCUGGGACCCGGCACCUGGUUUAAGGAUGGAGUCAAGCUCACCACCCAGGAUGGAGUCAUCUUUGAGGAAGACGGUCUUGUGCGCCGACUCUUCAUCGCACAUGCACAGGGGACCCAAGCCGGGAGGUACACCUUUGUAGCCGGCGACCAGCAGAGCGAGGCCACCCUGACUGUCCAGGAUGCCCCCACUAUUGCUCCAGAUGUGACAGAGAAACUGAGAGAGCCACUGGUGGUCAAGGCUGGGAAGCUGGUGACAGUGAAGAUCCCCUUCCAGAGCCACCUCCCCAUUCAGGCUGCCUGGAGGAAGGACGGGGCCGAGGUGGUGGGCAGUGGUGAGAGGGAGGCCCAGGUGGACCUGGGGGAUGGCUACUCACGGCUGUGCCUCCCCAGCGCAGGCAGGAAGGACUGUGGCCAGUACAGUGUGACGCUGAGGAGCAAGGGAGGCUCCGUGCAGGCUGAGUUCACCCUGCAAGUCAUAGAUAAGCCUGAUCUCCCACAAGGCCCCCUGGAGGUUCAGGAUUGCCACAAGGCUGGUGUCUGCCUUCGCUGGCGGCCCCCAAAGGAUGAUGGGGGCCGGCCUGUAGAGCGUUACGUGGUGGAGAGACAGCAGGCUGGCAGGAGCACUUGGCUGCAGGUGGGCCAGGCCCCCGCUGACAGCACCACCUUCACGGAUGCCCACGUGGAGCCGGGCAGGAAGUACACCUUCCGAGUGCGGGCUGUGACCUCGGAGGGCGCUGGCGAGGCCCUGGAGUCCAAGGAGACAUUGGUGGCUCCUGAGGCUCUCCCCAAGGCUCCUUCCGCACCAGCCAUCCUGUCGGCCUCCAGCCAGGGCAUUACACUAACAUGGACGGCACCUCGGGGCCCUGGCAGCGCCCACAUCCUGGGCUACCUGAUCGAGAGGCGUAAGAAGGGCAGCAAUACCUGGACAGCAGUGAACGACCAGCCUGUGCCUGAGAGGAAGUGGACGGUGGUGGACGUGCGGCAGGGCUGUCAGUACGAGUUCCGGGUCACAGCUGUGGCUCCCUCCGGCCCCGGAGAGCCUGGGCCCCCAUCAGAUGCCGUCUUUGCUCGGGACCCCAUGAGACCUCCUGGGCCAGUACGGAAUCUCCAAGUCACAGACACAUCAAACACCAGCAUCACCCUGAGCUGGGCCGGGCCGGACACCCAGGAUGGGGAUGAAGCCCAGGGAUACGUGGUGGAGCUGUGCGGCUCAGACAGCCUCCAAUGGCUCCCGUGCCAUGCAGGCACCGUGCCAGCCACCACCUACACAGCCAAGGGGCUUCGGCCCAGAGAGGGCUACUUCGUGCGGGUGACAGCAGUUAACGAAGGAGGCCAGAGCCAGCCCACUGCCCUGGACACACUGGUGCAAGCCAUGCCCAUUACUGUCUGUCCCAAGUUCCUCAUGGACUCCAGUACCAAGGACUUGCUGACUGUCAAGGUUGGGGACACUGUCCGUGUGCCUCUCUCCUUUGAAGCUGUGCCCAUGCCUGAGGUGACCUGGCUGAAGGAUGGCUUGCCCUUGCCCAAAAGAAGUGUGACCAUCACCAAGGAUGGCCUCACCCAGCUUCUGAUCCCUGUAGCAAGCCUUUCGGACAGCGGUCUCUACACUGUGGUGCUGAGGACCCCACAGGGGAAGGAGGUUGCCUACAGCUUCCGCAUCAGGGUGGCAGCAUGCCCGCAGGCGCCUGGGCCCAUCCACCUGCAGGAGAACGUGCUUGGGACGGUCACCGCCGAGUGGGAGCCCUCUCCAGACGAGGCCCAGGGUGUCCCUCUGCACUACGCGGUACUCACGCGCUCCUCUGCGCACAGCCUCUGGCGCGAGGUGGCCGACCGUGUCCACACAAACCGCUUCACCCUCCUGGGCGUCGUCCCCGGCCAUGAGUACUACUUCAGGGUGGUGGCCAAGAAUGAGCUGGGGACCAGCAAACCCUCGGAGACCAGCCAGCCCUGGUGCAUCCCCCGGCAGCGCGACAGGUUCACAGUGAAGGCUCCGAGCUACCGGGAACCCGAUCUGAGCCAGAAGCCCCGGUUCCUGGUGGGUCUGCGGUCCCACCUGCUGCCCCAGGGCUGUGAGUGCUGCAUGAGCUGCGCGGUGCAGGGCUCGCCCCGGCCCCAAGUCACCUGGUUCAAGAACGACCGAAGCCUGGAAGGAAGCCCCGGGGUGUACAGCACCGACCUGCUCGGCGUGUGCUCCCUCACCAUCCCCAGCGUGUCCCCGAAGGACAGCGGCGAGUACAAGGCUGUGGCCGAGAACACGCUGGGCCAGGCGGUCAGCACGGCCACCCUCAUUGUCAUAGAAUCCAGCUUCUAGCUCCACCUCACCCUGGGAUGGUCCUGGACCCUCCGAGCUUCACUUCUGCCAUCUGCCCUGGCCCAGGAAGCUAGUCCCAAAGUUUGGAGGCCAUGUCCAGAGCCCCAGGAAGACGGAAGUGAGAAGACUCCUGGUGAGGUUUUGGCCAGGAGGACAUGAAGUCCUUGGGGAAGAAAAACAAGGCGGGGGGGCAUUCCGCCUCCUGGCUCCAAGCUGUCACUCAACAAUGACAGCAGACCUCCUGGACUCUCACCAUAUGGGUUUCUUUUUUCUUCGCUUCAGGAGAUCCAGAGGGCACCUGCCUGCAGGAUGGGCCAGCUCCUUAUUUUCUGGGCUGAACACCUUGGAGGGAGGGUGGGCACAGCUGGGCCUGCUGUGACCCCAAGGAAGAAAGAGGAGAGGAGGUUAGAGGACCUGGGUGAGGACUAGGGCAUCGAGGGCGUGUGUGUGGGUGGGCACAGGGGUGUGGCAUGUUCUCUCUGUACUUUUCGUCAUUAAAACAUUAGGCUAAUAUGAGCA